GUCAAUCAAGCGUUUGAUUAUUAACGUAGUGUGCGCGAAUUUAUUUCUGUCGAAAAUUUUCGUUGAGUAUUAAAAAUGUCGGAAAGGAAAGUCUUAAACAAAUAUUACCCAGCUGAUUAUGAUCCAUCAAAGAUUCCCAAGGGCAAGAGAAACAGAAAUGCUACCUUUAACAUUCGUAUUAUGGCUCCUUUCAAUAUGAGGUGCAAUAUGUGUAAAGGAUACAUAUAUAAAGGGAAGAAGUUUAAUUCAAGGAAGGAGGACGUAAUGGAUGAAGACUAUCUUGGUCUGAAAAUUUUCCGGUUCUACAUUAAGUGUCCAACAUGUGUUUCAGAGAUAGCAUUUAAGACUGACUUGGAGAGAACAGACUAUACCCUGGAGGCCGGUGCUAAACGGUUGUUUGAGGCUGAGAAAAUAGCUCAACAGAUGGCAGAGGAGGAGAGAAAAGCCAAAGAGGAGGAUGAGAUGAACCCGAUGAAGAUGUUAGAGAAUAGAACAAAGGCGAGUAGAGCAGAGAUGGAUCAGAUUGACACACUGGAAGAACUGAGGGAAAUAAACUCUAAAAAGAACCAGGUGAACACAGAAGAAAUGAUUGAGAAAUACAGAAAGUAUGAGGAACUUCUUGCUCAGCUUCAGAUGGAAAAGGAAGAAGAGGAAAUCAAGGAUAUUUUUGGAGAGAAAGGUACCAUGGUAGUUAAAAGACUAAAUGAUUCGGACAGUGAUGAAGAUGGUCCAGUAAAAAAGAAAGUUGCCAUGACAGCACCAGCUUCUGACACUAAACCUACAGAUAUACUUGCUGAGAGUGAUAAGAGCCAAGCAUCUCAGAAACCAAAGGAAUCUUGGCAGAAGAGUGUAGGAAGCUUAUCAUCAAAGCAGAAACUGAAAGGUUUAGUGGUGAGGAAAAAACCAUCAAGUCUACCAUCAGUAUCUUCUACUAUAUCAUCAAGUGAGCAUGCUUCCGGCAGUAAUGAUGUCACUGUAGCUAAACAUGAUGACAGUAACAACGAUUCUGAGAUCUCAAAAUGUGAUACAGAUAAUCAACCAAAUUCUAAAGAUUCCUGUGUAAAAGACAGUAACAUAGAACAAGUGAACUCAAAAAAGAGUAGUGAAAGUUCAGACAAGAAAUCAAGUGAAGUGUUAUCAUCUGCUGCUGUUUCUACAUCAUCAGCUCUAGGUCUGAUUGGAGAUUAUUCUGAUUCAGAUAGUGAAGUUUCUAGCUGAGUGGGUUGACAUAGAACAAGGUUUGAUUAUGAUAGCAUGUUAAUAACUUGUAUAGCAUUGUAAGUAACUUAAGAUGGUCAAUCUUAUUCAGAAAAAAAUAGCAAAAAAAAAAUGUUUUUAAUUUGUCAUACGUGUUUAAGCAUUUCUAAUCAGAUGCAAAGUUUUAAAGUUAUGUGAUGUUUUUAUGAUAGCAAUAUUUUCAAAGACAUCAUACAUGUAUAUAACUGAUUACUGUAAGGAUUUUGUUAUUUCUAAAAAAAUUUGAGGUUGAUGCAACUUGGGUUUAGUUUUUAACAAAUUAUGAAUGGAAUUACCAUGAAAUUGUAAAAAAAAAUUACCAAAUUGUGAAAGUUUUUUUUAUAAAUUUUUUUUAUGAACACAGUUACCUUAAUUGCAGGUGACUCAAAUUGGUUCUUAUCUAUUUAGUUCCUUUCUUUCAACAUCAAAAAUACUAUUUUGGAUUACCCAAAUGAUCAUUUUUCAGAUACUUCACAAAAAUUUACCAUUCUUUGAGGGCAAUUUUCAUCUGUUACAAUAAUAGCAGAUGAUGUAUACCAUGUUUGUAUAUCAGAUUUGCUUGCAAUGUACAACUUGAUUGGAAUAUAUUCUAGAAAUUUGACCAGUCUGAUGACUAACAUCCUUCAUUAUUUGGUAACUGUUUGUCAGAGACAUUAUAAUACACUCAGCUUUAUAAAAUCUUUGUCCACAAAGUAUGAAAGUAUCCAAAAUACUGUCCAAAAAUUCCUGUUCUGCCAGGGUUUUAUAAAAUCAAAAGACCCUGGCUUAACAUAUAUUUUUGCUAUUUUAGACAUUUACAUGAAUAAACUGUAUUUAAAAAAAUCUGUGAAUCAAAUUGGAGGCAAUUCAACUUUAGGUUUGAAAAUCAGUAGUAACAUAACAGAUAAAUUUUAAACAAGUCAAUGGCAAAAUGAGAUUACAUGCAUUGCAGACAAAAAAAGAGCCAUGGCUCCUCUUUCAUGGUUUAAGUGAAAAUUGAAAUAUAUAUGUCUAGUUUUAUUAUACAGUCACUGCAUUUUCAAGGUCAAAUUUUAGUACUGUUUCAAUGUCAAAUGGGUUGCUUUUAUGUACAUAUAAAUAAGACUGACCAUCCAUACAUUACAGGGUUUUCAUUUUUAUCUCAGGCAAUAGAUGUGCUUACUAAAACAAGCCUUUUUGCUAGAGGUUAAGGGGGAUAUUUUAAUGUACAGGCUAAAUGUACAACAUGUUAUAACUGAUUAAAUGGAUCGCAAAUCUAUUAAUCUUUUAAUAAUGAAAACCCUGCAUUACAUCUCUUUGUAAAGGGGCAUUCCUUCAGUUUUACUUGAAAGAUUUAGUUUGUAUCAAUUGCUAAUUGGAUAUACUUUUGUUCCAUUGACAAUAUUUUCAUUCUUGUAUUUUAUCUAGGAUUUCACAAGUAAAGAGUUUGCUUGGAAACCAUUGCUUUGAAUAACUUACAACUGUAUUUUUGUUAUAACCAAAAAUGUUACAUUAUUCUGAAGUCAUGCCCAUUUAUAAGAGUGUUAUUUUACUAAAUAAGUAAAUGUAUAAUGAGAUUUAUUUAUAUUUAUCAGAAAUUUAUCUCUCUGCAAGAAGCCAGUUAAUCUAAUCUGUUGGUUAACCAUAAAAGGCUUAUCUUUUUUUACACAUUUAACAAUUUUAAUGUAAAUAUUACUGCUUUGUCUACAAUUUAGAGAUAUAUUGUUAUUUGUUCAAUUACAAAAGUGGUACAUCGUUUAAUUUUCACAGUGCUCUUUGCACAGAAUGGGCUGCCUUGUUUUCUGUAUGGAUCUGUCUAGACAUGGUUUAUUUGUGACACUGUGAGUAAUUGACAUAGCAAUGUAUGGAAAGGGCAGGGCUAAAUUUUUCACUGCUAAAGAUGAGAAAAGUCCAUUAAAACUAGCAUUCCUAGAGUUAUAAUCUUCAUGUAGGAAUUAAGAUGUGUAUGAUAGAAAGCUUGCCUCAUGAUUUUCAGGUU